AUGUUUCACUUCCCUCUUGUCUCUUAUUACUACUAUAACUAUCCAUCUCUCAGUUUCUACUACAAUCAUCACAUUACUCUUUCUCUCCCUCUUUCUCUCUCUCUCUCUCUCUACAGCCAUCAAUUUUUUUCUCUUUCUCUCUCUUUCUUUGGCAUCACAUUUUUAUUACUCUUACUUUCUCUGCAGCCACCCCAUUUCUCUCUCUCUCUUUGUGGCCACCCCAUUUCUCUCUCUUUUGCUGUGUGGCCACCCCAUUUCUGUCUGUCUGCAUCUCUCUUGUUAUGUGGCCACCCCAUUUCUUUAUAUCUCUCUCUCACACUGUGUGGCCACCCCAUUUCUCUCACUCUCACAUUGUGUGACCACCCCAUUUCUCUCUCUCUAACACUGUGUGUCCAUCCCAUUUCUCUCUCUCUCUCUCGUUGUGUGGCCACCCCAUUUCUCUCUCUCUCUCUCUCACACACUGUGUGGCCACCCCAUUUCUCUCUCUCUCUCUCACACACUGUGUGGCCACCCCUUUUCUCUCUCGCUGUGUGGCCACCCCAUUUCUCUCUCGCUGUGUGGCCACCCCAUUUCUCUCUCACUGUGUGGCCACCACAUUUCUCUCUCUCUCUCUGUGGCUACCACCUUUCUCUCUCUCUCUCUCUGUGGCUACCACAUUUCUCUCUCUCUCUCUCUCUCUCUCUCUGUGGCUAA